CAAACUCCGAGUCGGCAACGCGACACACAUAAUUUUAUGACCUGCAUCACGACCCGAUUCAUAAACAACGAAGAUGCCUCGGGUAGCUCAAGUUCCUCGCGCCAGCGUCAGUAGUCGAACAACUUCCGGUUCUUCUGGAUCUCCUUUUAAGUCUCCAUUAAAGAUCCCGCUAAACGACGACGCACAAGAGAGAAAAGGGCGACUUCAUUCAAGGCGAGCCCUUCACGAAAGACAGAUUAACGACCUGCAGGCGGCUGCGGCGACGCCUGCGAAGAAAAGGCUGGCUGAUAUCGAUAAUGGGUCUCCCCGCUCGAAUCCGCGCACGCCGCGACGCGCUGGGGAUGACGAUGACGACGUCUAUGUGGCCGGCACCAACACCGGUGUGACGCCUAUGAAGCGCAUGCCUAUCCUAGCCAAUUUCGAAGAAUGGAUGAAAAUGGCCACCGACAACAAGAUCAAUGCUACCAACUCUUGGAACUUCGCGCUUAUCGACUAUUUCCACGACAUGUCGCUGCUAAAGGAUGGAGAUGGUGUCAAUUUCCAGAGAGCCAGUUGUACCCUAGACGGGUGUGUCAAGAUUUAUACCAGCAGAGUGGAUAGCGUAGCAACAGAAACAGGUAAAUUACUUAGCGGCCUCGCGGAUAGUAAUUCCAAGAAGAAAGAUAGGGAUGGCGAUCAAGAUGGCGAGGAUAGUGAAGAGGAAGUCGACGAAGAUGGGAACGUAAUCAAGAAGAAAACCAAGAAAAGACAACGAUCCUCAGAAACUACUCUUGUACCAUCCUUUGCUUCCUUACAGCUCAAAAAGUUCGAAUUGGAAUUCGGAGUGGACCCAUUAUUCAAGAAGGCUUCGGCAGAUUUCGACGAAGGUGGCGCCAAAGGUCUUCUACUAAACCACCUUAUGAUCGACGGCCAAGGUCGCAUUGUCUUUGACAGCAGUGAUGAUGCCAACGAUGCUUCUGCAGAGGGUAGUAAACCUCGACGGAGAGAAGAUGCCACAGCCGAAGAAGAGGAUGAAGAAGUAGAUGACCGGUCGGAAGCAACUAUCACGGAGCAACCUGCGCAAGAAGAGGAUGGCGUAGAGAUCGAUAUUGGCGCCCUCGGUGCCAAAUUCUUCCCGGACCUUAGCAGGUUAGACGAACAAGAUAUCUGCCCGUCAUUAAAGACUUUCGAACUCGGCAAUCCGUCGGGCUCGAUGGAAUUACCUUUCCUGCGUGCUUCGGAGAACGACGACGAUGACGAAGACCUUAGCGGAACUAAUGCUAGUGGCGACAAAUCCGGCAUGUUCAUCGACGAUGAUAACCCUGCCGGUUUUGAUGACAUGACCGCCAUGGGAGGCUUUGAUAUCGCCGAGGUCGCGUUCGGUGAGGGCGGAGAGGCAUGGGCGCGAGAAGCUGCACUAGAACCUCAGAUGCGGCCUUACACUGUUGGGCCUGACGAUGGUAUGCCUGGGGUAGACGGAGUUGAUGGCGUUGAGGACGACAACGGCGACUAUAUUAUCUCUAUGAAGCACGCCAAGAGCGGAGAUCAGAUGCACGAAGAUAUCCUAGGCUACUUCGACCAAGCUCUUCAGAAGAACUGGGCCGGCCCAGAACACUGGAGGAUACGGAAAAUCAAGGAUGCCAACAAGCCGGAGACGACCACCCGUCAACGAAAAGAGAAAGAGAUUUUCGAGAUAGAUUUCAAAUCUCCCCUAGACCAGAAACUAGCCGACACCAUUUUUACGCAGGCGGCAAGCAACUCCGCCAUAUCCAUGCCCAAGAAAGACUGGAAAUCCAAGACCCGAAACCUUCUCCCCGACGACAAACACUUUAACUCGACGCAGUUACUAAGUCUCUUCCUAAAGCCGAAGGCUCGGAUGAGCCGUCGGAACCGUUUCGGAAACAAGGGCGGGUUUUUCGGUACCGGCCAUCAAGAGAAUAACAACAAUGUAGCGGCGGGUGAUAUGAACGAGGCCUUCUGGGCGCAGAGGGAACCGCAGCAAAGCGCGGAGCAGGAUACGGUCCUGCCCACGGGCGACUAUGAUGCAAACUUCUUCGACGAUGAAAUGCCGCUACCCGGCGGUGGCAUGCUAGAUGACGACGAUGACGAGUUUGCCGAUGCAAGGGAUCACUUUUCGCCGGGCGCCGACGUCCCCGUCACCCAGGACAUUGGCAUCACGGGUAUGUUGGACAACGGCAUGACGACAGGCGGGUUCGGAACACAACUAGUCACAUCGACACGAAGAUUACGACCCGAGUACGUGCAAUACGCGCGCGUGGCGAAGAAAGUGGACGUGCGUCGGUUGAAGGAGGAGCUCUGGAAGGGAAUAGGAUUCCCCGAAACUCCUGUCGACCCCGACCGUUCAAGACUUCCCACACCGCCGGAGAAGGUGAAAGAGGAGGAACCGACGCUCAAGUUCACGAACGUCAUGAACGACCUCCAGGCGGUGUACCCCAAGACCGUCAUGGACGACAUUUCCACGAGCUUCUGCUUCAUCUGUCUGCUGCACUUGGCUAACGAGAAGGGUCUCGUCAUCGAGAACACGCCUGAGUUGCUUGAGCUUGAGAUCCGCAAGGAUUGGACGGCUGAGGUUACUGGAGAGGUUUGAUUCUUUGGUAUUUCUACGUGGGUACUUACGUAGAUGGGGACUCGCUCAUCCAUUCGUUCGUUCGUUCGAUUAAAUCAACCAAUUACCUUGGUAAUUAUCCAAUAGCGGUACCAGUUUGAAAGAUCGGGAAGGGAAUAUGCACGUGAUAUGACGGUUAGGAUGGGAAGGCAAGCAAGCAAGCAAGCAACGUUUUGUGUGUGAUGAUGGGUCAUGCUUAUGAUGGCGGCUUCAGUGGUCGGCGCGCCACUUACUUUACUAUCGGGAUACGGGAUGACGAACAUGAGUUAUACGCGUACAUGGAUCGUCUAGGUACCUCUUAACCCGCAUACAUACCUACCGUUUCCAAUCGAAAUUUUUCUUUUUUCCCACAUCUUCGAUCCCGGGUUCGUGCCGUGCCGCAAGAGUUUGUGUAAUAAGCCAUAAGCCUCGUUGUAAUUACGAAAAAGAAAGAAAUGGACCGGUCAGAAUGGCGUCAAAAUAAAGCCGAUCGCCAACCAAUGAGCUCGCCAAGACCGACGAGGCGCAAAUCCUGCAUCGAUUGGGAUGGCUGCGGCGACUUAUGAUACAUUAGAUCGAGCGUCCUCACUGGACGAUCAUCCUAAGCCUCGCGGCUCCCGAUUCUUUUAUCUAAUUCGCGCAGCUAUUACAAUUGUCCGAAUAGCGAAGUGCAGUAGAUAGGUAGAUAGUACCUACCUAGGUAGGUAGAUACUAACCUAUGUAUAUUAAAACAAAG